AUGGCUUCGCUCCACCCCCUCACUGCGUUGACAGAAGACGAAAUCGUGCAGGCAUCGAGCCUGAUACGUGCUAUCCUUGGAGAAAAGACAAAUCUUCGUUUCAAGGGCAUCAGUUUGCACGAGCCCUCUAAAAGGGAAGUCUUGAAGUACCGCGAGCAUAGCCAGCCACUGCCUCGCAAGGCAUGGGUCAACUACUAUGUCACUGGAACACCGUUGUUUUACGAGUCCAUUGUGAACCUAAGCUCAAGCACAAUUGAGAGCAACAAGCAAGUCCCAACGCAUUUCCACGGUCCGUGCGAUGACGAGGAAAUCACCAGGGCUGAAGAAAUAGUUCUGGCGGACCCGAGAGUGCAGGCUGAGAUUGAGAAACUGGAGCUCCCCAAGGGGGCAACGGUUGUAUGCGAUCCGUGGAUUUGCAACCAACCAGACAGUAACCACUAUGCAUUCCCGCUGAGCGUCUGUCCAGUGCUCGACACGGUGACAAUGAAAGUGACAAGGAUCGAAUAUCUGCCCACUGGGGCCGGAUGGGAGAUCAAGCCACCACAGCCUGUUCGAGCCAUUGAGCCAAACGAGUAUAUCCCCGAGUUGAAUACAUUGCGCAAGGACUUGAAGCCGCUCCGAGUCAUCCAGCCUGAAGGCGCCUCAUUCACAGUGUCAGGCGACGUUGUCCGAUGGCAGAAAUGGGAGUUUCGCCUCACGUUCAAUUACCGUGAGGGCAUGGUGCUGCAUGAGGUUUCGUAUGAUAAGAGACCGCUGUUCUACCGUGUGUCUUUGAGUGAUAUGACGGUUCCAUAUGCCGACCCCCGUGCGCCUUUCCAUAAGAAACAGGCCUUUGAUCUUGGAGACACCGGCGCCGGACUUACAGCAAACGACUUACGUCUAGGCUGCGACUGUCUCGGCUCAAUAUACUACAAAGACGGGCUCAUUGCCAACGAGGAAGGUCACCCCAAGUGGAAACGCAAUGCAAUUUGCAUUCAUGAACAAGACGCCGGUCUACUGUGGAAACAUACCAACUACCGGACGAACCGUGCUGCUGUAGUCCGGAACAGAGAACUAGUCCUUCAAUCUAUCAUCACGGUUUCAAACUACGAGUACAUCCUCGCUUUCGUCCUCAACCAAGCAGGCGAACUCACCUACGAAGCACGCGCUACGGGGAUUCUAUCUACCCAGCCCAUCGACGAAGGCGUAUCCGUUCCCUGGGGCACAGUUGUGCACGACGGGGUAUUGGCAGUCUAUCACCAGCAUAUUCUUUCCCUCCGCAUCGAUCCUGAGCUAGACGGCGACGUUAACAACCGCCUCAUCUAUGAGGAAGCACACGCUAUCCCAUACGACCCCAAACUAAACCCUCAUGGAAACGCAUACACCACCAAUAAGAGCGUCAUUCAGAUCUCUGGUGGAUACGACCUGGAUUCAAAGAAGAGCCGCGUGUUCAUGAUUGAGAACGCUCAUAAACAGAAUCCCGUCAAUGGGAAGAACGUGGCUUAUAAAAUCCAGGUUCCGCCUUUCCAGCCUCUGUUGGCUUCGUCGGAGUCCUUCCACUAUAAACGUGCUGAUUUUGCCGACCAUGCCAUCUACGUCUCCAAGCAUCCAUCAGCCAUCCUCCCAGCUACGAGUAGCAGUGUUGGCGAUGGCCACGAACUCUUCGCCGGCGGACAAUAUACCAACCAAAACCGGCUGACGACCGGAGUCCGGAAAUGGGCUGGUCGAAAGGACGACAUCUCAGACACGGACAUUGUGGUCUGGGUCCAGUUUGGUCUGCAGCAUAUUCCUCGAGUUGAGGAUUUUCCAGUCAUGCCGGCAGAAAUCAUUCGAGUUUCACUGAAACCGGUCAAUUUCUUCACCAAGAACCCAGCGAUUGACGUGCCGCCAUCAACUCGUACUCGCUAA